UCUUUUCUCCAUUGAUCUUUAUGGAUUCCGAUUCUGAAAAUAUUAUAUCACCUACUAUGGCUUCUGAAACUCCGAUCCUUUCUCCUCCGCCUCCGGUAACAGCCAAUGACACCUACCAACAUGAUAUGUUUGAUCCAUACUUCAUGCAUCCGAGCGACAAUCCUAGUGUCACGUUGGUUUCUCCGCCUCAAACUACCAUUUGUGGUCAUGUUCAAUGAUUGUUGCCCUUUCGUUCAAAGAACAAAUUAGGGUUUGUAAAUGGUUCUCUUCCUCGCCCUUCUGAUAUUGAUCGUCUUUCUAUUGCGUGGGAUCGUUGUAAUACUAUGUUGAUGUCUUGGAUGACGAAUUCUUCGGAGUCGGAUGCUCCAAGCGUGAUGUGGAUGGAUUAUGUGGCUGAAAUUUGGUCUGAACUGCGCGAACGAUAUCAUCAAGGAGAUGUGUUUCGUGUCUCAGAUUUGCAAGAAGAGAUUUACGGCAUCCGUCAAGGGUGUUGAAUUGGGGAGAAGGAUAUUACAAUGGAGACAUUAAGACAAGGAAAACAAGUCAAGGAGUGGAACUUAGUUCAGACCAAAUAGGUUUGCAGAGGAAUGAACAGCUGAGAGAGCUGUUCAGGUCUCUCAAAACUACAGAAACCAGUCCUCAAACAAAGAGGCCUUCUGCAGCACUUUCACCCGAAGAUCUAACAGAUACUGAGUGGUAUUAUUUGGUUUGCAUGUCCUUUGUAUUCAAGAUUGGCCAAGGGUUACCAGGAAGAGCUCUAGCAAAUGGCCAACCCAUUUGGCUGAUCAAUGCCUAUUCUACUGAUUGCAAAGUGUUUAGUCGCGCUCUCUUGGCUAAGAGUGCAUCUAUUCAGACAGUGGUGUGCUUUCCUUUUAUGAAAGGCGUUAUUGAGCUAGGCACAACUGAUCUGGUAUUGGAAGAUCUCAGUCUCAUUCAACAGAUCAAAACUUCUUUCUUGAAUAUUCUAAAUGUCGAUGAUCCUAGUAACACUGAAACUAUACCGAACACGAGAAAUAACGAAGGCGUUGCUUGUGAAGCAUUUGAUCAUAACGAUUUUAAUGUUGAAUUAAUUCCAGAAGUUGAAUAUGACAUAAUCAACAACACAACAACCUCUCCUAAUGGAAGUUCAAACGCACUAGACAUCAAUCAACUACUCGAUGAAACAUUCAUGGUUGAAAGUAUAAACCAUCGAACCUCUCAAGUCCAAAGCUGGCAAGUUAUAGAUGAUGAUUUGAGCAACUGUGUUCAUAAUAACUCCAUGAAUUCAAGUGACUGCAUAUCACAAACUUUUGCCAGUCCUCAGAAGAUUAAUGCUUCUGCUGAUCCUAAAGGUGGAGAAGAUUGCAAUAACCAAAAAAUGACCUUAGUUGAUCCUCUAACUGAUGAUUGGCAUUAUCAGGGAAUUCUUUCUACACUUUUGAAAAGCGCUGACCAGUUAAUUAUGGGGGUGCAUUUUCAAAACUUUCAUCAGGAAUCAAGCUUUUGUGUUUGGAACAAAGGAGGGACAGUGGAUUGUCAUAGGCCAAGACAAGGAACCUCACAAAAGUUAUUGAAGAAGAUCUUGUUUGAAGUUCCUAGGAUGCACAUGGAUGGAUUGCUUGAAUCUCAAGAAGAGAAUGACUAUAGAGAAGGAACAAGAUUAGAGGCUGAUGAAGGCAUGAACCAUGUUAUGUCAGAAAGAAGGAGAAGAGCAAAACUAAAUGAAAGGUUUUUAACCCUUAGAUCAAUGGUCCCUUCAAAUAGUAAGGAUGACAAAGUUUCCAUACUAGAUGAUGCAAUUGAAUACCUUAGAAAGCUUGAGAAAAGGAUAAAAGAGUUAGAAGCUCAAAGAGAUCCAAUAGAUAUAGAGUCUAGAAGUAAAAAAUCAACUCAUGAUAUGGUGGAGAGGACUUCUGAUCAAUAUUAUAACAAAACUAACAAUAUCAAGAAACCAAUUGUAAAAAAGAGGAAAGUUUGUGACAUAGAGGAGACAAGGAGAGAGGUUUGUUUAAAAGGAAGUUCUACUAGUGUCAAUAUGAGUGACAAUAGAGUUGUGAUUGAAAUGAAGUGUCCUUCUAGACCAGGAAGGAUAUUGGAAAUUAUGGAAGUAGUUAACAAACUCAACAUAGAUUUUGAUUCAGUUCAAUCAACAGAAGCUGAUGGAAGUAUUCAUCUGAUCAUUAAAUCUAAGUUUACAGGACCAUCUAAUGCAACAACAAAAAAGAUCAAACAAGCCCUCCAAAAAGUGGUUUCAAAGUCUUGAAUCUUUGUAUUUCCAAAAUAAUAAAACCAUGGAGAUGUUCAUUAUAUUGAUUUAGUCACAAGUGAAAAUUAUUGGACAAAAACUCUUGGUGAUGUAACAUGGACAUUUGUUUCUGCACUUGUAAAUGGGUUAGAUAGACUGAAUAAAAUCAACCAAUGAUUUUACACGAAUCUUUAAUUUUCAAUUUGUU